AUGUCAUGGCAACUUGAGCAACAAAGUCAAAAAGAAGAAGGAAGGUCGAAGAGAGUACAUUGAGAAAGAACAGCUUAGUUUUCACUGUAUUUUCAUCCAAAAUGGAGUCUGAAGGCCUUCAUAUGAGUAUAGACUACGUCGGAAGUAGUGGAAUUAUUUUGAGUACAGAACAAAAAGCAGCAUUACAGUCUUCCUUGGUAAUUUUGAGGAACAACUACAAGUUCGAGCGAGUACUAUUUUGGGGAAAGAUUCUUGGAGUAAAGAACGACUAUUUUAUUGUACAAGGAGUCGGGAAAGACGAGCUGAAAGAACGCAAAACACUUUACAGUCAGGAUUGUAUUCACUGGGGUUUACUGCCUGUUGUGACUACYAAAAUGAGAAAUGAAUGCUCGUUUGUAAAAGGACGCUUCACAGGAGAUCCCUCUUAUGAAUAUGAACACACUGAAACUGCAAAAGUUGACAACCAAGAUGGUGAGAAAGGCGAAGGUGGUGAAGAGGAAAACACGAUACUAAUCAAAGAGGAGGACAGACUUGCAACGACAAUCGAAGCAAUUGACUACGAUGUUAGGAUUGUGCCAAGAGGGGCUUUCUUACGAACAGCAACAGCAGCAGUUAAAAAGAACAGAAGUUUUGAGGGGCUUUCAGUAGCUGAUUCAGGGAAGCUCUCAUCAUAUUUCCAUUUCCGUGAUCCUGUCCUUUUUAUCAAGAAAAGCUUAUUGCAGAAAUCUGAACUUGACAAAGCAAUUGACUUCUUGGACCCCAUUGAUGCCGAUGUCCCAAGAGGAGGAUCUUGGAGCAUUCAUUUUGAACGUGGAAGUGGUCUUGUGACUCUUAGAAGUCUUCAUUGGAUUGGAUUYUCAUUUUUCCAUGUUCCUGGUACUAGAAAAUAUGGUUAUAUUUAUGUUGGAACAGGAAACAAGAACCUUGACUUACCAUUCAUGUUGUAAAUAUAUUUUGUUCAUUUUUUWAAAUAUUUGUACAUUGAGAGUUAUUAUCUGCGAAAAUGUCAAACAAUGCCUACAAUAUCAAAUAUACUUUAUAGCAAUAGUAUUCUCUUGUAGUUUUUGUAUGGUAACUGUAAACUAAUAACUCUAUGAUAAUAACUGCAUUCAUUAGUAGUGUAUGAUUGACAAUAAUAAAAUCAAUUGCAUUAUUCUCUGGGC